AUGCUUCCCAUCGUUUGCUUCAAUAGAGUGCUUCUACCUGUUUGUAUAAUGCUUCUCGCCCAGCUAUAUAAGAUCGCCAAUGCCCAUCUCAAUUGUCCUCUGCUUCAACCUCUUUAUCGUUCUGCUAUCAAGUCAAAAGCACGAUUCCGACUUCACCUACACAUAACCAAAACCUCCAAGGGACCUCCGACAAUACUAGGAAUCUAUCUAAAGAAGCAAGUCCCCAGUAGCAUCAUCGCGAUGUCUUCCCAUGAAAGUCAGGCCGAAAAGGUUCGCCAGGACCGCGAGCUUGCUCGCCAGAAGGAGCCUCCCGCCACAUGCGAUGUAGCGGUGAUUCGAAAUGCUGUCGAGCAGCUUGACCCGGAAAAGCGCAAAGGGUCGGAGGCGAAUGAGUCGAAGGAGAAGAGCCAUGAUGGCAAAGAAAAGGGGAAGAAGUGA